AUGGGCAACCGUAAUGUAUGUGGCUUCUUUCCAGAGAUGCGCAGAGAGGAUGACAAGUUUUCUAUAGAUGGGUUAAACUAUGAUGAAAAUGCAAUAAUAAAAUAAAUAUACACCUCAAUGGGAAUCUCCAAUAAGGAAGUGUCUAUGGUAGAAUUCAAGCGAAACUUGGAUGUGUAAAUGAUAUUUAUGCGAAAAAGAAAAUUGAUUACCCCCAAUAUGGAUCAAAUAUAUGACUAUAUUGACGUCCUUCUCGAUAAAGAUAUGAGAUCUAAUAUGAGAUAUAGAAUCGGUUUAAAUGAAUUCAUGGUUUUAUGGCAAAAUGCACUUCAUGAAAAGAAACUCGAGGAUAGAAGAUAGUGGAAAGAUAUUAAGUACAAGGAACCCGAGAGAGAGAAUAUGUGCUACGGAUGCUUACUAUGUCAAAAAAGAGAUAAAAUUGUAAAAAGUGAAAUGUCUGCAGAGUUCGCUCCUACAGAUCUGAAAAGACAAUAAUCUGAUGCUGGACACACACAUAAAAGAGGCUCAGGUUAAUCGUCUUUAGAAAGAUCAGAUGUAACAUCUGUGAGCUCUCACUAUUAAAUGCCUAGACUUUAUGUGGUUGACUAGGAUAAUAAGAAAUUCGAUUCAAGAUCAAGUAUUAAGUCUGAGCAAGUUAACUAUAAAUCCAGGAUCUGA